GGCCCCGCCCCCGCGGCGGUGGUUGUUGGUGGUGGGGGGGGUGUGUGAAAGGAGGAAGAGGUUCCGAGUCUGCGAUGGAGGCGGCCGAGUCGCCACGGCAAAAGUUGUCGGCGAAUUUGCACCCUCGAAACCUCGGCGGCCGCGACAAAUAAUCGCCAGCCCCUGGCGCGUUCGUUGAAGGGGCCGCGAAACCCCCCCCCGUUCCGAGCCGUUUGCUAAAGCCGAAAUGCGUCGGGCCGCGAUGAGCGUGGUGGGGCCUUAGCGACCGGGACAAGCCGAACGCACGCGACCUCGGCGGCCGUGAAAUAAUUAUCAAUCAAAAUUAAUACUAAUACUACUGCUGCUGCUGUUGUUAGGGCACGAGCCUCUGCUCGACUGUGCGAAAGUGUCUCGCCGGCGAUCGUGCGUGGCGGCGUCUUCGGCGGGCGAGGGGGGUUCGAAUAUUUUGUUGUUGUUUGGGCCGACCGGGAGGAGGAAGAUGGAGGUGGAUGGCAGUGGAUAUCGACGGGCGAGGAAGAAGGCCAUCAAAGAGGGCCUUGAAUUUCUGCAGUCUCCGCUGCCGUUUGCUGGUUCCGAUGAAGAGUACAAGGGCUACCUGCACCGGUUGGUAUGCGGCCUGCGGGACGAGGGAAAUCAGCUGUACCGCGAGGGGCAGGCGCUGCGCGCGCACGAGAUGUACUCGGAGGCGCUGGGCGUGUGCGCCUACAUGCACGACAUCGAGGGCUUCCCCAGCGAAUCUGGCGUCGUGGAGAAGCUCUACGUCAACCGCGCCACGUGCCUCCUCGGAAUGUCCCAGUACAACGACGCCCUGUUGGACUGCGAGAAAGCGCUGCACAUCAACAAGAUGAGCCACAAGGCGCUGUACCGCAAGGCCAAGGCACUGAAGGCCAUCGGCAAGCCCAAGGAGGCCUACGAGGUGGCCGUGCAGUGCUCCUGCAUCAUCUCCAACGACCAGGAGGUGUUUAAGCUGGUGCAAGAACUCGCCGUCUCUUUGGGACUGCGGGUGCGGAAGGCUUACGUCCGCACGCAGAACACUGCGCCUGUGAAUGGAAUCAGCACGACCGUUGGAAACGGCAGCAUCAGCGAGGUUUCCAGUAAGAUGCCUCAGGAGGGAACGAUAGACGACAUAGACAUGGAUGACCCGCUCAUCUACACGGAUGAAGACGACGUCGCCGAGAGAGGGCACGCCGACGCGGGCUACACGGAGGCCACGUCGCAGACGGAGCCCGUCCCGUCGGGCCUGUCCCCCUACGCCUCAGCCGACUGCGCGCCCGCCAACGACGCCCACCCGGCGGCCAACGGCGUGGCCGGCGCGUUCGCCGACACGGCCGAGGAGCGCGGUGGGCAGGGCGUCAAGGCGCCGGCGUGCGAGGCGUGCGACGACGCGUCGCUCGGGGACGGCUCGGAGGAGGGCUCCGCCGAGCGGUUUGGCGACGCGGCCGAAAGCGAGGGCGAGGGCGACAGCGACCGCGACGGCGGCGGCGACGACGGUGACGGCGCCCACCCGCGCUCCGCGUUGCCGCACGCCGACGACGAGCCGCCGGCCGGGUCCCCGGCGGCCGAGACGGCGCCGGCGGGGGUAUGCGGCGCCGCCGAGGAGAGGGCGGCUUUCGCCGCGAUCGCGCCCGAAGCACCGGCAGAGCACCGGCAGCAGCAGCAGGCGGCGGCGGCGGCGGCGGCUGGUUCCGCCAUGCAGCUGCACGGUGACGGAUGCGGCAUGGACUUGGACGCGUUCAUGGGGAAGGAGCCCUACGUGACGCAGCACGCGAUGCAGAUGCCUCCCGUGCCGAUCCUGCACCAGACUCUUCCGCCCGCCUUCCAGCAGAGCCUCGCCGUGGUGUCGCCAAUGCUCCCGCCGGGCGCAGAGCUGCAGCAGGCCAGGCCGUCCGCCCUGGGCGCCGUUCAUAGGCCCCAGCGGCCCAUCCUGGUCAUGCCGUCGUUCCACGUGUCCAGCAACCAGCUACCGUUUCUGCAGCACGGGGCCUGUCUCCAGAUGCUGCCCCACGCGAUGGGCCUCUCCGGGAUCAGCGUGCCCCCUGGGUUCAGCGUCCGGCCGUCGACCGUCGCCGGCGCCACUCGGCUGUCCUCCAUGCACACAGCGGGUCCUGUUCCGCUCAUGACCAACGGCCCUCCCAUCGCGAGUGCCGCUGCUGCCGCUGCUUCUGCUGCGGGCACCGGCGGUGGUCACGAGGGGGCAGCGCUUCCGAAAGCCUCCCCUGUUGCAGCGGCGUCGGCGGCGGCGGCGGCAGCAGCGGCGCCCGCCGUGCCUAUGCUGCAUGCGGGGGGUGUGUACGAAGUGCGGGAUGCCAAGCAAUGCCUUGAUUCCUUGGACUCUUUCACGGACGGCGCAUAUCCCCUGAACGCGACUCGGGCAAAGGAGUUGCCAAAGGAGUUUGGCGUGCAGGGAGCCGCAACGUCCUUUGGCGCAGCGAGCGUUGGUGCUAAGCACCCACCCAUUAACGUCGGCGGCUUGGCAAGGCCAACAAGCGCGGCGGGGUCUCCUGCGUCGCUCGUCGCUCAGCCCAAGAAGUCGGAACCGCCGUCGGAACUCUUCCCGAAGAUCAAGCGGGCCGAUGGGGCGCCCCCCGGGGACGCCUUCCGCCCGCAGAGGAAGCCGGCCGAGACGGCGGCCGACGGGGCCCACAUGAAGAGGAACGCGGCGGGGGCGGCGGCAGACGUCCACGGAUCGAUGGCGGCGGUGGACGGGCCGAUUCUGCCGCUCGUUCGGAACCCGUUGGAGAGCACGCACGAGUUCAGGCAGGCCUGCCACCUGUGCUUCCCGGGAGCAGAUCGCUCGGCAUGCAACACGGAGCACAAGUGCAAGAAGGACUUCCUCCUGUGUCGACUCAAGACCAUGCCCAACAAACAGUGGCAGAAAGUGAGGCCUAGGCCCAUGAAAAGCUACAGUGGAGUCUACAUGCUCUGCAAAGACAUCGUGCAAGGGGAGGAGUGCCGAUUCGCGGGACACUGCACCUUCGCGUACAGCCAGGAGGAGAUCGACGUUUGGACGCAGGAGCGCAAGGGCACGCUCAACCGCAACCUGCUCUUUGACCCGUUUGGCGGCGGCACCGGCGGCACCGGCGGCACCGGCGGUGGCACCGGCGGUUUCGGCGGAGAGAACUCGCUUCAGGGCAGUGAGGGCGGCGACUUCUCGGUGGCCGGGGUCCUGCGUGCGCACGGUGGCAUGUUCAUGUUCUACUGCGAGGACUGCUUUGACAAGAGGCCCCGGGUGAUAAGCAAGCGAAACAAGGAAGCGCUUAAGUACUGCACCCACAACCCGCCGCAUAUCUUCGAUGAAAAAAAGUGCCUGGUGCACAUUCUGCGCGGCACUUCGGUCCGCCACCUCAAGAUCCGGCCGCUGCACGAGAUGUGCCAGUUCGACCUGUGCCGGCACGAGACGCGCUUCGGCUGCAACCGGCAGGACAGCUGCUAUUUCGCGCACGACAUCAUCGAGCUCAAGAUUUGGGUGCUGCAGAGCAAGAACGGUUUGAGUCAAGAGGACAUCACUCAAGAGUCAAAACGAUACCUGCAGUCCCUCGACUCGCCAGCACCAAAUGCGGGCAACCAGGGAAUGUCUAAGCCCCCUGCGUCCACAAAGCUGCAACUCAAGCUGAAGUUUGUGUGCAGCCAGUGCUGGAAGAAUGGCCAGGUCUCGGAGGCUGACCGUAACCUGAGAUAUUGCGAAGCCAAAGCACGGCACAGCUGGACGAAGGAUCGCAGGGCGCUGCUGGCGAUGUCCCCGCAGCGCAAGAAGUGGAUCUCCGUGCGAGCGCCGCCCUCCAUGCGUGUCGCCCCAACUCACUACGAGGUCUGUGCGCACGUGCUCAAUGGGAAAAAGUGCUUCUACAUUGGCAACUGCAACUUUGCGCACAGCGAGGAAGAGCGCGAGGUGUGGAUGUACAUGAAGAACAACUGCCUGACCGACAUUGACGAGGUCUACAAGAUGUGGCUGGAGGGAAACCGCACGCCGGCCAAGGACCCCGAGGAUGGAACUUCGCCCGCCGGCAAGGAGAGCAUCUCCCGCAUCUGCAUGCCCACGGACUAUGCCGAGAACUCGGGCAAGUACUGCAGCCUCUGCGGGCGCAACUGCAACAGCGACAAGCAGUGGAGGCAGCACAUGUCGUCGGAGAAGCACCGCGAGAAGGUGUUCGAGGAUGAACAGCGCUGGAAGUUCAGAUUCCCCACCGGGCAGUUCGCCGUCUGCGAGAGGUGGCUCAGCGGUGCCGGCGGCUGCAAAGACGACAGUUGCGCGUACGCGCACGGCGACAAGGAGCUGGACGAGUGGAUUGAGCGCCGAGAUGUGAUACGCGCAAAACUAGACGAGGCUCGCCAGCAGGGGCUCUUGCCCCUGAACGAAAGCAACUUUGGGAAGUACACUUGUCUCCUUAAAUAGCCCUCCUGUCCCUGUCGCAAACAGUGGUACACUUAAUGUUGCUAUUUGCUAAUGUAUGGUUCAAUGACAAAAACGGGAAAAAAAUGUAAGCGGGAAAAAAAAAAUGUUCAACUCUAUUAACUGACUAAAAGUUACGUCGAGACAACAAAAAAAACGUUGGGGUGAAUUUCAAACUUCACGGAGGCAAACGAUGAAACCCCCCCCCCCCCCCCCCGCGCGUUGGCGUCGGGGACGUCCGGUGGCGAUCGCGAUGCGCUCGCCGUCGCGCAGGAGAGAGCGCCCCCCCCUCCGUGUCACCGGCAAUUCUCUCCGCGCUGGAGAAACGGGGGAACCACGAGGGCGAGCGGGCGGGCGAGCGGGCGGGCGGGCGGGCGAGCGAGCGAGCAAGCGAGAAGUGGGCAGGUGAGCGGUGGGUGGGGUCGGAGGAAGGGCGUAAAAAAAAAAACAAACACCACCGAAGCCACCCCGGUUUCCCCACGCCUCUUGGCAGGUUGCGCACGUCCCAUCUGCGAAACCGGCGGACGGGUCCGGGAGUCCGCCGGCUUGCGUCGGCAAAAGGACCCGGGGGCCCGCCGAUGGCAUUGGCGCUUUGUUGCGCGGUGGCCCUGCCGCUCGGUAUUCUGGCGGGGACAGCUUUUGCUGUACUUGAACGCGAGAAAAGCCACAUCAGGAAAUUGCGGAAGGUGCCAGAAGGGAGAGGGAGGGAGGGAGGGGGGGGGGCCCUGUUGAUUAACUUGAGGGGUUGGUGUUCGCUGGCCAAUAUAAACCCCAUUGCUAUGUGGUGGCACCACAAUUAUUGGCAGUGUUAUUAUUUUCCAACCGAGGUGGUCGUUAUUGUUGUUGGUGGUGGUGGUGAUGGUGGCGGCGGCGAUGAUGAUGAUGAUAAUGGUGGUGGUGGCGCAUCUGAUUAGUUUAAUAUUCAGAUAACAAGAAAGAAAUCAUUACUUAAGCAGACAUAUUUCACAAUUGUUUUGUUCCAAUUUUAUUUCUGAAUCCCAAUUGGGACUCCAGCCCAAGAAGGGUAUUGUAACCGGAUUAUUAAAGUGGUUCUUCAAGGCAGUGGCACAACGAGUUAUUAUUGAGCGCCGUUUUUUUGCUCAUGAAAAAAAUAAUAUAAUAAUAUUUGUAAAAAAAUCUUUUGACUUCGGGUGACUAUUCAGUUGGAAUUGUGGUGGUUUAAGGUUCAGGACGGCGAUGGGACGGCACGCUGUGUUGAUGGUGGUCGUUGAGUUGGCACGUUUUUUGUGCGGAGGUGUUAUUGUCUUGGCUCUGCUGUCGUGUUUGAAAGGUUACCGCUUGAGCAAAGUGCAGGGAAUUAUAUGCGUUGACAUAUAUGCACGUUCCGCUUUGCUCGUGACACCAGUCGGACGAGCAGAAGGAGGGGAAAGCCGCCUUUGUCGACGGGCAGCGACGGAUAAUAACGAAGGCUGCGGUAGGUGAGCAUAGAAAGAGAGAGAGAGAGCUGGCAUUCGGAUGAAAUGCCUGGCACCACACGCUGCUUUUGGUGGGUGGUAGUCGACGGGCCUUUAGCCGAGGAUGGGGCGGAGUGGAGGCCACUUCACUCUGAUGUCACCAGAAGAAUAAAAAUUGCCCGGUCUCUUUAGGGGGGAUCUAUUUUUUUUUUAAUCUGAACAACUCCUGACGUUGAUAUCUCGUAAUGUCGAUUAUCAGCAAUGUACGUGUUGUCAGCAUUAUCCUAACUUGGCAGUGGGGGGGGGGGGGCAGAAAAAAAAUCCCCAUCACUCAUUUCGCUCGGGCGUUCAUUCACUUGUCCCCCCGAGCUGUGAGGUGCAUUACGAAGGUUCGUUGCCGGUAGGCUGGACUGCUUGUUGUUGUUGUUGUCGUCAUUCUCAUUGUUAAGGUGUUUUUAUUUCCACCUAUAUUGUGUAUUGGGGGUGCAUCAGCUUUAUGGGCCGUGGGUGUUUAGCGGCAACGGUGGAGCAUAUUGGCCCACAUGCCAAUAAUGAUGUUCUCUGUUCGGCGAUGUCUCCUCUCGCGGCAUGACGCGUGCGUGUUAUUAGCGUAAAAAAUACAGUUGCAGUUCAGUAUUUCUGACAAAGUUACGACAUCUUUCUUCCCGUGCCGUGGUGUGGGUUUAUUUUAAAUUAUGAUAUUUUUUUUUUUGCAUAAUUGUAGUAAGUUUGUGACAGGUUUGGAAGGAUCAUAUGUUAAAUUUGUCAGCAUUUGAAAUUGUUGCCAAUGAGACCACUGAUUUCACGUAACUGACAAGUUCAUAUGAACGUGCACUUAAAUGUAUAAAUCUGAUUUGCAUCAAAAUACACAUCGAUAUGAGAAAACAAUGUUAGGCACUGUGGGAGAUUUGUGAAGAGCCAUUAUUAUUUGUGGUUAACAUCCACGAAUAUACAUUUUUAAGUUGGGGGUUUUGGUCAUACUUUUAAUUAAAACCCUCAAUACUCUUCUGGGUUUUUUUCUGCUUAUCCUUAACGUUGUUGUUUUGGCGUUAAAGUGCCGGAGAAGCAACGUACAGAUGGGGGCGACACAAUAUUCUGUCGAAGGAAAAACAAGUCUAAAAUCAUAAAAAAAAAUAUUAUGGGAUGGCGGGUGUUGCAUAUUUUUUAUUACUGUUUUUUUUUCAUGCUUGUAAAUUUUACUGGUAACAUCGCAUUAAAACGUUUGUUCCAUUUA